UAUGGCCUUUCAAAAGUUGGAAAGGAGUUGCCGAACUCCAGACGGAUGGCGCUUGGCAACUGUGGAAGAAGCGAAACACUAUCUGGAUUCAAUAAAGCGUGAUAAUCUGUUAGGGGAAUGGGACACAGCCCGUCUUCUAAAUGGCUGGAUAGGAGGCGCUCGUUACGACUUCAAUGUCCAAGAGGCUUUGAGAAGCUGUUUUGGAUACAUGUUAGUCGUUCAGUCACCAACUCCCGAAAUUCUCAACACAGAUGACAGGAAUGCGGCCCUAUAUUCCAAGGUUCCUAAAUUGCGUAACGAGGGAAGAAAUGCUGCGGCGUUUUUAUGUUGUGAAGACUGGAAUAAGGAGGUCCUUUAUUGGUUGCUGCCAGGCGAGACAGAAUGCAAUAUGGGAAAGUGA